UGCGUUCAGGGUCAUUGGAACAUUUACAAUCUUGGGACUCUAUUGUUGAACUUCGCCUCAUACUUUACAGUUGAAGCCACCCCAAUCGUUAUUUCAAUGCAUUCGCUCGAUUGCAUCACUAUCUUUUAACUUAGCGUUGAAAUGGAACACGCGUUACUUUGAAAUGCAUGCGGUACUUUUGCAUCGAGGAAAUGGUUUCUCCUACUGAUUAUAAUGACAUAUUCUGUAUUUGGACACCUCAGGCGUUUGUUUUACGUGCUGGUUUGUGUUCUAAUAUCUGUAGAACUGUAUGCUCUGCUAUACAUACACAUAUUUCGAGAAACACAUACAUCUGACUUUCAUUUCGCUCAGGUAUUAAACCAAACUCAUGGAGCAUCAUUUUUGGGUGGGGAUACUAACUGUCUCAGUCAAAACAAGCAUUUAUGGAGUGCGUAUAACCGCACACAUUCUGAAAACUGCAAAAAAGUAUUCAUAGACGUAGGAUGCAAAGCGGUCAGUUACGAUGGCUUCUCUCGCAGUUCUUGUCACAGCCAAGGGAACUUAAGUAGGCAACCGUCUUUCGUAGGAUGUUUCUUUGUCAGUUUCAGUGAACUUUCGAAGAUGAAAUCAAGUGAAUACAAGCAUAUGAACGAUUGUUUGAGUAUAUGCCGUUCACUUGGGGUAGCUUAUUCCUGGAUGGGUCCCAAUCAUUCCUGCUGGUGUCGUAUGAAUCUUCCUAAUCGAUCAGAAAAUGUAUCCGUCUCUCCAUGUUCCAUCAAAUGUGCUUUCGACGAACAAAGUCUAACCCCUGAGAACUAUCAACUUUGUCCUGAUCCGGUUCCAGUCCGCAUUUAUGCAACUAGAGCGAAUCCGCCUUAUCAUCCUACUCCUCUUCCUCUGAAAUCUGGUCUUGUCGAUCUGGUGUUAAAAAAACCAAUUAGAAUAGUCUACCUACUUGUGUGGAAUGGUAGAAGUUGGCUGCAUAUCCGUCGAAUGUUCAAGCUCAUAUAUCACACUCGACAUUAUUAUUACAUCCAUGUGGACGCGGUUAGUAAUGAUUGUCUAGAAAUUACUUUUUCUUUAAAUUCAGCAGUGAUACAGGUUAUUCAUAUGCAUUUGUUCCAUGUAUAUGGUGAUUCCUAUGAUUGA